AUGCCGACCGCCGGUCUCAAGACCAUUAUUGCCCUAUCCUUUGUCCUCGCCCUCGGCUUCCUGCUCGUCAUCCUGUCGUGCGCCCUUUUCCACUCGUAUUUCCCGCUGCUCGUCGUCGCCACCUAUGUCAUUGCGCCGGUCCCCAACUGGAUCUGCAGCCGCUGCGCCAACCCCGACGACUUUGUCGAGAGCUCUGGCGCGGCCAUUCUGGACCUGGGCCGCUUCUUUACCGGCUUCUUUGUCGUCAUGGGCAUGGCUCUACCGGUUAUCCUUGCCCACGCCGACAUUAUCCGUGUCGAAGCCAUGAUCAUGUCCAUCGCGGGCGGCCUGUUGAUCUAUGGCACCAUCAUUAGCUUUGGCAUGUUCUUCCAAGAAGAGCAAGAAUUCUAA